AUGGCGCCCAAGGUAGCAAUCGUCUUCUACUCCAUGUACGGCCACAUUCAAAAGCUUGCCGAAGCUGAGAAGGAAGGUCUCAAGAAGGCUGGCAUUGAGGCCGACCUCUUCCAGGUGCCCGAGACGCUUCCUGAGGAGGUUCUUGCCAAGAUGCAUGCUCCCCCUAAAUCCGACAUCCCGCUCAUUGACGCCAAGACCCUCGAGCAAUACGAUGCCUUCCUCAUAGGUAUCCCAACUAGAUAUGGCAACUUCCCAGCUCAAUGGAAGGCCUUCUGGGACACCACUGGCGCUCAAUGGGCCGCUGGAGGCUACUGGGGCAAGUACGCUGGAAUUUUUGUCUCCACCGGCACCCCAGGAGGCGGACAGGAGAGCACUGUUGUGAGCGCUCUCUCCACCCUCACUCAUCACGGCAUCAUCUAUGUUCCUCUCGGAUACAAGACCGCCUUUGGUCAACUCGCCAAUCUGAGCGAAGUUAGGGGAGGGUCGCCAUGGGGAGCUGGCACUUUCUCGGGAGCUGACGGAUCUCGUCAACCCUCUCCUUUGGAGCUCGAAGUUGCUACGAUCCAUGGAGAGAGUUUUGGUAACGCUGUCUCCAAGAUGGACCCCAAACCGCCAAUGGAGGGGGAACUGCAGCGGCGCGAACGAAAGAACAAAACAAUGGAGCAAAGAAUACCACAACUGAAAAAUCUAAAACAAACGAAGAGACAGAGGAGAAGCAGGGACCAUGUGGACUGCCUUCCAAGUGCUCAAUAUUAUAAACAUAUGCUUUGA